AUGGAGUCCCGUCAGAAGAAGGAGAAGCAGAAGAGAGAGCGCAUCCUGAAGACCUUCCAACACCCCCCGCAGCUCAUGGUCAUGUCCCCGGGGGGCACCAAGGAGGACUCCAGUGGCCCCCAGCACUUCUCUUCCUCCCCACUGAACUCCUGGCACCACAUCAUCAUGUCCAACAGCAGCCGCUACUCCGUCACCAACCUGAGCAGGGAGCACAUCCACCUUCCCAUGCCCGGGAGCAGGACCCACCACAGGCCCACCAGCUCCCCCACCAUGUGCUCCUACUCCCAGCCCAAGCUGACGGAAGACCCUCCACGCUACUCUCCUGAGAACCUGAGCCUGUGGAGCGAGAGGAAUGGGACGGAGGAUGGAGAUGGGAAGUGCUCCUGUGAGGCCUUCCUGCCCGGCUCCACCUUCCCAGUGGGAGAGCUGGUCCUCCUGGAAGAGAUGGCUAUGCAGAUCAACCACAAGCUGGAGAUGGAAAUGAGCAAGUUCGAGACAUAUGAGAGCAAGCUGACAGUGUAUGCAGAGAGGAUAGUGAACCUGACAGUACUGGUGGAGCUGAUGGAGAAGAACCCUGACGCGUACAAUCUCCUCCAUGGUGGUGGGGUGGUCGUGACCAAGCUGGAGAGAUACAAUAAGAACCUGGUGUUAGUGACCCGUCGCGAGUACAUCAACAUACAGCUCAAACUGGAGGAGUGUGAGAAGCGCCACAAUGAGAUCUUCAACCCCAACAUCAAGCACGGAGGUAUAACCAGAGGCAGCAAGCCCAUUGUCAGUCAACUGAAUGCCCACUUGAAUGCUCGCUUCAAAUGGGGAGGCUGGGGGAAAGAUUCUAAGCCUGUGCAUGGUUCUGAAUCUCAAUACUGGUACUCUGGGUAUAGUGGUGCCUCAAUUGUUGACAUGAGAUUUUACAGUAGCUACAAUAAUCGUAUUUUGAGAACUCCAUUUAAACACCAAAGCUUGUCAAGUUGCUGGUAUGGAACUGGUAACAACUUCAUUGUUCGUGAUAACACCCUGUAUUAUCAAUUGAACAACCCAUUUAACAUGGCCAAACUGAAUUUUACUACUAUGAACUAUGAGUACAGGGUCAUUGCAAAGGCUAGCACCAGAUUCUCGUAUAGUCACUCACCCAAUCAGAACCUAGACUUUGCUGCUGAUGAGAAUGGGCUGUGGGUGACCAAUGCUACAGAGGAAUCCAAGGGUAAAAUGAUCAUUGCUAAAAUUCAUGAGCCAUCAUUUGGUAUAGAGGAGUUUUGGGAAACCAGUGUGUACAAACCAUCUGUGAGCAAUGCCUUCAUGGUGUUUGGAGUUUUCUAUGCUGUCAGAACAGUUGACAUUCACUAUGGGGAAAUAUUUUAUACUUAUGACACCAAGAUAAAACAAGAGAGCUACAUGAGUAUUCCAUUUGAGCGGUUCCAGGACAAGUAUGUCAACCUGGACUACAACCCCACUGAUCAGAAACUCUACAUGUACAACGAUGGCUACUAUGUCAACUAUCAUCUCUGGUUUGACAACCAGGCCACUGUAAACACAACACACCCCUUGGUCAGAUAAAAGGCAUAUUGUGGCAUCUCUCAUAUUGAAACUCGUUAUACUCAAGUCAGAUUUAAUCUCUUUUGUAGUUGCUCUGAUUAUAUAGAAUAUCCGGGCUCAUGCUCAUCGUGUUGAUUUUAAAUAAAUGGCUUAAGCAUUCUCGUUGUGUUCAAGGGUUUACCUUUGAUAUUCCAUCUGAAAUAGUACUGUCUUCAUUGUAUUAAAGUAUUAUGAU